CCGCGGUCCCUGGGCCUCAGCAGCUUCAGCGGGAGAGCGCCUGCCACACUCGCUGAGCUCUGCGGACCACUGCGCACUUGCCAUCGCCGCUUCGCGCCCGCUGCAGCCGCCGGCUCUGCUUCCUUCCCGCUUCUGCCUCCGAGGAGUUCUUAGCCUGUCCGGAACCGCAGUACCGACGAGCAGAUGGAGCUGGACCAUAUGACGACCGGCGGCCUCCACGCCUACCCUGCCCCUCGGGGUGGGCCGGCCGCCAAGCCCAAUGUGAUCCUGCAGAUUGGUAAGUGCCGAGCUGAGAUGCUGGAGCACGUGCGGAGGACCCACCGGCACCUGCUGACCGAAGUGUCCAAGCAGGUGGAGCGAGAGCUGAAAGGGUUGCACAGGUCGGUGGGCAAGCUGGAGAACAACUUGGACGGCUAUGUGCCCACCGGCGACUCACAGCGCUGGAAAAAGUCCAUCAAGGCCUGCCUGUGCCGCUGCCAGGAGACCAUCGCCAACCUGGAGCGCUGGGUCAAGCGUGAGAUGCACGUGUGGAGGGAGGUCUUCUACCGUCUGGAGAGGUGGGCCGACCGCCUGGAGUCCAUGGGCGGCAAGUACCCGGUGGGUAGCGAGCCAGCUCGCCACACCGUCUCUGUAGGUGUGGGGGGUCCAGAGCCCUACUGCCAGGAAGCUGAUGGCUACGACUACACUGUUAGCCCCUACGCCAUCACCCCGCCGCCUGCCGCGGGAGAGCUUCCUGAACAGGAGUCAGUUGAGGCCCAGCAGUACCAGUCUUGGGGGCCAGGUGAAGAUGGGCAGCCAAGCCCUGGGGUGGAUACACAGAUCUUCGAGGACCCACGGGAGUUCCUGAGGCACCUGGAAGAGUACCUGCGGCAGGUGGGUGGCUCUGAAGAAUACUGGCUGUCCCAGAUCCAGAACCACAUGAAUGGGCCAGCCAAGAAGUGGUGGGAGUUCAAGCAGGGCUCCGUCAAGAACUGGGUGGAGUUCAAGAAGGAGUUUCUGCAGUACAGCGAGGGCACUCUCUCCCGGGAAGCCAUCCAGCGGGAGCUGGACCUGCCGCAGAAGCAGGGUGAGCCGCUUGACCAGUUCCUCUGGCGCAAGCGGGACCUGUACCAGACACUGUAUGUGGACGCUGACGAGGAGGAGAUCAUCCAGUAUGUGGUGGGCACCCUGCAGCCCAAGCUCAAGCGCUUUCUGCGCCACCCGCUCCCCAAGACCCUUGAGCAGCUCAUUCAGAGGGGCAUGGAAGUGCAGGACGGCCUGGAGCAGGCAGCCGAGCCUUCUGGCACCCCGCUGGCCACGGAAGAUGAGACUGAGGCCCUCACCCCUGCUCUCACCAGCGAGUCAGUAGCCAGUGACCGGACCCAGCCUGAAUAGAGGGGCUAGCCCCAGGGUCCCCAGCCUGUCUGCCACACCCAGCCUGUGGCUUUUGCCAAGUAGGACUUGAGCUGGGGCUGACUCCCAAAGGGAUGCUCUGUCCAGCCAGACAUCUACUCACCCAUUGGCCUGACUCACAAGACAACUGCCACACAGCCAUGCUACAUGGAUCGAACCUCAAGAAGACCGUCUCCCACAGGGCUCCCACCCACCACCUGCCCCUCACCUGUCUACCAUGACCCUGGCCCCAGCCCCACUGGCCUCCCUCACCCGCUACACUCUCAGACCAUCACAGAACACCUUUGGCUUCCUUGUUCUGCUCCAGUGCCCGGGGACCCUUUGGGUAAUCAGAAAACCCAAGUGUCCGAAGGCAAAGAGCAGUAGGCACCACACCCCGGGGGCAUCCCAGGGCAGAUGCUAAAGCAGAAUCAGAGGUGCUGAGGGAACUUCAACUUCCGGGGAUGCAGCCCGCUCCUGCAGACACAGCAGACCCAGCUGACACCCCAGCUGCCUCUCAGAGCGACUGGCCAGACUUGGGCAGCCUAGCUCCCCUCCCUGGGGUAAGCUGAAGCCGCAAAUGCAGCUGAAGCAGCAGACCUGGCAUCCUGGCACCUCCUGGCCCCCAGCAGUGAUUCAUACCAGCGGAAAAAAAAAAAAAAAGCAGAGCUCAGUUCCGUGACUCAGCCAUGGCAGGCGGAGGGUCCAAGAGGAGCUGAGUCCUCACACCCAGCUGAGGCAGCAGCUGGAACCAUCAGAGCCAGGAGGAUGACACCAGGUCUCAAGGCUGCUGAGAAGUCUUUCCUGCCAUGUCUGGAAUGGGCACCACCACAGCACCAGCACCAUCCCCUCCUCUCUUGAAGCUGCCUACACAGAAGCUCCAAGACACUUUCAAGGCAGAGAAAACAUGAUUACAGAGAGGAGGUGCCUGGCAGAGGGCAGCGCCCCAGCUCAGCCCGAGAGCUGGAGGUGAAGACAGGCCAGCGUGAAGUCAGGGUCUGCCAUAAUGCCCACCCGCUGGCCACUAGCUGCCCGCCAUGAGCCACUGCAGCUUGAGCAGGGUCUGCCUGCACCCCUGGCCCUGGCCCUCUUAGCACAGAGCCCAGCUCGCUGCGUGGCCAUUGGCCCUCGCCAGAACCUUGCAGGAUCCUUAAGGCUUGGGCGCUGGCCUAGGCCUGUCCUUUCCUGCUGUGCCCUGCCUGUCGGUCUAAGCCCAGACCAAGGAGAUCCCAGGCCUUGGUUCCUGGGCUGUUCCAGGCACUUCACUGACCUUCCCUGCUGUUGCCCAGAUGAACCUCUCCAUGCCCCAGCACCAACCACCUCGUGCUGGUAGCUGCUUGUGUCUGCAGUCCGAGUAGGCCUUGUUGGAGUUCCUCUGUCUGCCCGGUCCACUGGUGUUCUGUGACCAGUUCUGAUAUUCUGAGAGAUCCUCUGCCCUGUGCCCCUGCCAGUUCCCACAGGUUUAUUUUUGCACAUAAGCCAUGACCCAUAUUCAUUUGGCUGGCAUAGGGUGUAGAGAGGUCCUGAGGACUAGGGAGACCCUGGAGUUGUCAAAGAGAGUGUGGCUAUCCCCUAUUCCCACCAAGCCUUGAAUAUCCAGCCAGGCCAUUUGCCCAUACCAUCUUACCUCGAAGACAGACAUAUAUAUCUAUAAAUAUAAGAUUUUGUUAA